GUCGUCGAAUAACUAUAUUUGUUGGAGCUCGCUGUUACUCGCAAAGUUGAGUAGAAAACCAAUAGAAAACCAGGCGUUGCUCGUAAACUUUUGAAAACACACCUAGCAAACUUAGAUGGCUGUGUGACAUUGAAAUAGUCGGAGAAUGAAUUGUUCAGUGACUUCCUGGCUGUUGAUUUCUGCCUUUUUCAUAAGUUGUUAAGUAAUUAUAGCUGUACAUUUGUAGUUGUUGGAUACAUGUAAGCUAACCAUAAUUAUGUGGGACAGUAUUUUGCCUGUCUCCCUGUUGAGCAAUCUGCUUCACAACAGAUGGCAUGGUGUGUUAGGUGAAGUGUUGAUCAUUGUUCGUGAUGAGUUUGUUGUUUCUGUGCUGAGAAAUCUCUGGAGUCAUUGUUGGCACGUCUGAAUGGGCUGAAACCACAAAGGUUGAUGCAGCAGAAAUAGCUGGACACAGACACUGCUGCCUUCAGUAUUUUUAAUGUACUAUAUAUCAGUGGAUACCAGUUUGUUUUUUCAUCAGGCUGCUUCGGGUGUUGGCUGGUAAUGUGUUGAGGUGACAAUGGAGACCGCAGACCAUGCCACAGAAGGUGAUCCUCUGAAGAGAGAGGAUGGGGCGGAGGCAGGAACAGCACCUGCAGCUUCACAAACUGAGCUGAAAAAGAAGACGUGUCAAGAGCUGAGUUUUGCUAAACUGACCCACUGGCGAACAGCAGUCUUCUUCUUCUCCUUGUUCCUCUGCCUCACCAUAGUGUUUGCCUUCUCCUUCAUCAUCCCCUGUCCUGUCAGACCACAGUAUCUCAUUUCCUGGAACAGGACUUUCACUGAAGCAGUCACAUAUGAUUUCCUUGCUGUUGAAGAUGCAAACAAAGACAAAGUGAAGGACAUGCUGUUUGUUAUCAAAGACACAAAGGGAAGUCAGAACAACACGUGUGUUGAUGCAGGUCUGCCUUCGCCAUGUCUCUUUUUGAUGGCUGUAGAUGGGACAGAUGGAGAGACACUGUGGGAGCGUCCACUGGAGGCUGAGUUCCAGUGGGCCCAGUGUGGACUGGAGAAAGACACAGGCAGAAACUGGGACUGCUUGCUGUCCCACUCCAACCAGUUCACAGCUAUCGACAAAUACACUGGUGACAUUAGGUGGCAGCAGCCUCAGCCUCCUGGUCUGCAGAGCUCUGUGCCGGUUCUGAGUGUCCCAGAUCUGGAUGGAGACCAGGUCAGCGAUAUGGCCCUGGUAGCACAAAGCAACCCGCAGACUGUGAUGUUUUUCCUGUCGGGGAAGACGGGUGCUCAGAUCGGUUCUGUUGUGCCUCUUAACUCAACAGAAACAGUCAACCAUGUUCUCCAUCUGUCUAAAGAAGGAUCUUAUUAUGUUCUUCUUCAAAAAGAUACUGGUGUGUUUGGGCUGGCACUGUGGAGGAUUGCUGCCCAAGCUAAAGAAGGGAUGGAGAAGGGCCUGAAGAUGGAUAAGCAGUGGGAGAAGAUGGCCAGCACCACAUCUGGCUUUGUACCCAUCUACGAGUCUGACUCACUGAUGCGAAUGUUGAGAACAGACACAGAUCCCUUCAACCUGCUGCUUGUGACGGGGAAGGAGGUGGCUUUAGUCGACGGACAAACUUUACAGCUACUAUGGAAAUAUAACACCAGCUCAGUCCUGAGUGAACCCUCAUUUGGUCACUUUAACAAAGACAAAGAACUUGAUGUUGUGGUUGAGGAGGAUAUUGGUAACAACACAAAGAAGGUGAUGGUUCUGGAUGGAGAAUCUGGUGGAGUGUUGUGGUAUGUCGACCUGCUGGCGACUCCGAACUCACCCCGACCCGCCUCUAUACUCACUACCAACUCCUUCUCUGUCUUCAUGCUCUGGGGUGUUUUACCCUCAGAGGCCAAUUCAUCUGUGCCACUGACCAGUGACCGUCGCUCCUACAUGCUCCAUCCUCUGCAUUCCAAAGUUCUGCUGGAGUCCACCCACGUCAUGGACCACAUCGUAUCAUUCAGAGCCACACUGUUGGAGCAUGGACGUCACGCUGCCUAUAUAACUCUGUUCGGUCCUGAGAUGGGAGCUGACAGCCCUGUGGUUCUCAGCAAGAGGAAGCUGAAGCAGGAUGUUCCUGACAGCAAAGUUCUCCGCAUUGGUACUGGUGGAGAUAUAGAGACCAAUGAGAACAUCAAAGAGGCCUUCAACAGACUGCGUUUCAGUGAUGACUGAAACACCCAACUGUAUCCUCAGCAUUCUAACCUUUUGGGUACAGAAUAGAUCAGCGCACUGUGGCAUAUCUUGACGUUACAUUAGCAAUUACUUUCCACCUGCUGACAACCCAAAGACAUUAUUGUUGUGUUUAAAGUUUUAACAGAUCAACUUGGUUGGACAGGGUUCUUCAUCAGAUGAUCUGGGCAUUAUGUGUUAAUAGCCUUGACUGCAGACACACUAGCAUGACUUUGUCCAAAGACCUACUGUUCAUUGACAAUCACUCAGAUUGUUCUUCUCCUGCUGACAAAUCAAGACAACCUGCCUCGCUGUAGUAUUUGUAGCACUUUCAAUGCAAUGCUCUGUUUCUGAAUCGCAGAGUCGGGAUGUUUAUUUGGAUCUAUGUAGAAUGAUGCAUGCUGUGACAGAAGGGGUUCCCUGUGUGUUUCAGGUUCUAGUGGCCUUUACUGAUCAUAGGGCUUGUUCUUUGAGAUAAUCAUUCAGACUCCUGCUCACUGGAACUAGAAAUAUGACAGACACCUGGUGGACCUGUAGUCACUCAUACUGCCAGUGGCAAUCAAGAUGUGUGUUUUUGUUACUUUCUUAAUCCAAGAUGCUGUAACUGUGGUGAUUCUCUUUGAUGCUCACAAAACUGACUAAACAUUCAGACUCCCUCUUGGCAGGCAGUGCUGAGACUUAAUAUUAGAGUUUUGUUGUGAGUUCCCAUUUCAUAAAAGCGGUUUUAGCUGUGUAUAUAUUGAACCUGUGGGACAGGCCUUUUUUGGAGCUGGUUUUUCCUUUCCGUUGUGAUAUGUUUGGAUUUGGGCCACAUUAAAUGGUUUUAAAAUAA